AUGCAACUCCUUCACCAUAUGAUCGUCCUGUUUACCAGUCUGGCCGCCGCCCAAACUCUCCCCGAUAUUCCACCUUGCGCAGCGUCGUGUCUCGUCAACGCUCUGCAAGGCGAUGGAUGCCCAUCCAUAACCGAUUUCGCCUGCCACUGCCAGAAACCCGAGCUUGUCCCGAAAGUCAGUCCAUGUGUCGCACAAGCCUGCCCUAUCGCCGACCAAUCUUCCGUCUCUAAUGUCGUCGUCUCCGCAUGCUCCUCAGCUGGCCAUCCUAUUAGCGUCCCCAACCCAGGAGCUUCAACUACCCCCCAAGCAACUACAACUACAAGAGCAACGGCAACUGGCACAGCGUCACCCACAGGCUCCAUGACCAUCCCUACCGUCUCCUCUCACGCAUCCUCUAGCCCUAAACCCUCGUCUUCGGCUGCUAGCUCGUCUCAUAUCUCUUCGUCACCAGGGGCUUCCACUCACACUGGUGGUGGUGCUGGCGGUGGUGCAGGGGGUGCUUUCUCUUCGGGCACUGCUUCAAGCAGCUCAGCGACCCCGCCUCUUAAGACGAAUGGAGCAGCACAAGUCACUGGGGGCUUCGCUGGUGUGGCUAUCGCUGCCGUGGCUGCGUAUUACCAUCUUUGA